CUUUGGCUCCGGUUCCCUGCCCCUCCCCCUUCCCGGAGCCCCGAGGGGCCGGAGCUCCUGGCGGUGCCGGAUCCUGACGGCGGCCUUCCCCCGGGUCUGUCUGCCAAAAUGUCUGAAAGAUCAGAUCUCCUUCACUUCAAGUUUGAAAAUUAUGGAGAUUCAAUGUUACAAAAAAUGAACAAAUUAAGAGAAGAGAAUAAAUUUUGUGAUGUUACAGUUCUCAUAGAUGAUAUUGAGGUACAGGGGCAUAAAAUUGUGUUUGCUGCAGGUUCCCCCUUCUUAAGAGACCAGUUUUUACUGAAUGAUUCCAGAGAGGUGAAAAUCUCCAUAUUACAGAGUUCCGAAGUGGGGAGACAAUUGCUCUUAUCCUGUUAUAGUGGUGUGCUGGAAUUCCCUGAGAUGGAACUUGUAAAUUACUUGACUGCUGCGAGUUUUCUUCAGAUGAGCCACAUUGUAGAACGGUGCACGCAGGCCUUGUGGAAGUUUAUAAAGCCAAAACAACCAAUGGAUAGUAAAGAGGGAUGUGAACCGCAGAGUGCUUCUCCCCAGUCAAAAGAACAACAGGCAGAUGCCAGAGGCUCCCCAAAGCAGGACUCACCUUGCAUUCAUCCAUCUGAAGACAGUAUGGAUAUGGAGGACAGUGAUAUUCAGAUUGUUAAGGUAGAAUCUAUUGGGGAUGUGUCAGAGGUUAGAAGUAAAAAAGAUCAGAACCAGUUUAUUUCUUCUGAACCCACUGCUUUACAUUCAUCAGAGCCCCAGCACUCCCUGAUAAAUUCAACUGUGGAAAACAGAGUAAGUGAAAUAGAACAGAACCAUCUCCACAAUUAUGCCCUCUCCUACACAGGCAGUGAUAAUAUCAUCAUGGCCUCAAAAGAUGUCUUUGGGCCUAAUAUUCGAGGUGUAGACAAAGGCCUACAGUGGCAUCACCAAUGCCCAAAGUGUACCAGGGUGUUUCGUCACCUGGAGAACUACGCCAACCAUUUAAAAAUGCACAAACUCUUUAUGUGUCUACUCUGCGGCAAGACUUUUACUCAGAAAGGCAACCUUCAUCGACACAUGCGUGUGCAUGCCGGCAUUAAACCUUUCCAGUGUAAGAUCUGUGGGAAAACCUUUUCUCAGAAGUGUUCCUUACAGGAUCAUCUUAACCUUCACAGUGGAGAUAAGCCCCAUAAGUGUAACUAUUGUGACAUGGUUUUUGCACAUAAGCCAGUUUUGAGGAAACACCUUAAACAGCUGCAUGGCAAAAACAGCUUUGAUAAUGCCAAUGAAAGAAAUGUGCAAGACCUCACAGUGGAUUUUGAUUCUUUUGCAUGUACAUCAGUCACAGACUCUAAAGGGUGUCAGCCACAGCCUGAUGCAACACAGGUCCUGGAUGCAGGUAAACUGGCCCAAGCUGUCCUGAACUUAAGGAAUGAUAGUACAUGUGUGAAUUGAGUAGGGGCUUUAUGCUCACAACUAGAACUGACUGAAAAUAUGGCAGUAGUCUGUGUGAGUCUUUUCAGGAGUGAUUUUUGCUAGUUUGACUUCUCCAAAGCCUUUGUGUAAGUUGUAGGGGUGAGUCAAAGCACUAACAAGCCAGGCAAUUUACCACUUGGAGUGGUCUUGCCUGUCUUUUGCCCUCUCCAUUUCUGUUCUGAAUUAUUUAUCCUGUGAUGUCUGUUUUCCUUUCCCAUGGAGAUUCCAUGUGUCUACCUAAUGUUGACUUAUGUCUUAGACUGACAUUAUUGUAGGCUUUUCACUGGCACAUUCUGAAGAUACCAACAAGAUAAUAAUGUCACCUACACUCCACAAACAUGCUUUGCCAAGAGAUGUGAAUACUUUUUCUUUGGCAGAAAAUAGGUUAAGACACAAGGUGAUACUGCUAUUGGCCUGAAUAUGUGAUGGAACUUCCAGUUGCCUAUUGAUAAUUUAUCAAUGUCUGAUAAUUGAAUGAGUCUGCUUUCUACCACUUGUACACAUCUUGUACCUGGCUAUAAAGAAGCAUUUUGGGUUGUUCUGUACUCUUUUCAAUAGUAUUAUGGCCCAACUGCAUGUCAUUGAAAUGUUCCCACAGACCAGAGUACAAAUCUUUUUCAGCAACAUCUGCAGACAGUUGGGAGUCACCAUGAGGAGCAUAAUCAACAAAGGAUAGAAGUGCAGUUGUACAAUAGUUCUUACCUAGAAGGUUUUUCCUAAAAGAAGCCAAAUGCUUAUAAUUAACGUGUGACUUGCUGAUGCUUUUGAAGUCAGGGUUGCUCCAGGCCCACAAAAAGAGCUAAAGUAUAAUGGUCUCUCUAAAAAGGAACUAUUUGUGAGUCAGUCUCUGGACUUUGAAGAGAUUAGCCAUCACAAAGGUGAGUUUGACCUUCAGAGUUUUGUCCACUGUACUGUAAUAAUAGUCUCUGAAUUUUCAUUUCCUUGUGUACCUUAAUUUCAAAAAUGGAUGAAAAAGAGGGUCACAGGAAGAGCAAUCAGGUUUUUGCCUUCAGAUAUUCCUAUGAAGGUACCCAGUACCACCUUGCCACAUUUGGUAGAUUGCUAAUACAAAACUGAUCUUCCAAUGCAUAAAGCAAAACUGUUUUUCCUAAAGCACGUUAUAGUUCAGAAAUAAAUUUUGAGUCUUACUAGUUUCUGACCUACGAGUUAGAUUUAGGUAAUAUGAGUGUUAAAGAGUCUUUAGAGAAUCUUAAGAGGUAAUUUACUCCACCUUUUUUUUUUUUUAAGUCAGGGUAGCCAAAGCCGUAAGAGUUGGCCUGGACAAGGUUGGCCAAAGUAGCUAAGUGACUAAAUAUGACCUAAUGCCUCCUCACUUUUCACGAUCUCUUGGCUUUAAAAGAUCUAAUACAUGAUCAAGAAUACAUAAGCAAAAAGCUCCUAGUUUGUGUUUCACCUCUGUGAAACCCAGUAGGCUUUCUGAGACAGCCUGCAUUUUGCAAACAAAAUAUCACAGAAGGAUUUGUUUUUGUUAAUUAUUUUUGGCUAGAAUGAGUAUUAUUACAUUCUUCUCAAGCAAGUGACUAAUUUUGUAGGUGUUGGUUAGGGAAGGAAGAUACAAGUAAGAAUAAUAUAGGAAGGAUCCAGAUGUGGAAUGAUUUUGUCUGGAAACAGUGUUCAUUUAGUUUCCAUCAGGACUUUGUUUUUAUUUUUGAACUAUGAGAAUGCAUGUACAACAAACCAAAAAUUACAUUUAACUUCUGUAGUCAGAAUCUUAAAAAGUUGUGAUUUGGUGCAUUUACAUGUGAUUCUGACUUGAGGUAUAAUUUCUAACUUUUGUUAAGAUUUAAAAUAAUAAUAAAGUUGAGUGACAAGACCAAUAGGUAUGUCAUACCUAACAUCACUCAUUGUAUGGUCUAAUGAUGCUGCCUAACACUGAUUUUUUUAUAUGAUCCAGCCAAAGAGUACUAAUUCUAUGCAACGGUGAGACACUAGCAUGUUAAUGAACGUUUCACUAUUUUCUCUGGAUAUCAUUUAAUCACAGGGAAAUUGCAAAUUGGAGUGCUUCCUUGCUUAUAUUCAUGUCUUGUUUAUGUUACUGGUUUGAAGACUAAAAGGCAUGGGUUCAAAAAAGAUCAGUCUCUGGUUGGAGACUAUUCCUGGCUUCAUUUCAGUCACUCAAGAAACAUUUAUUAAGCACCUACUGUUGCUAGGCACUAUGCUAGAUACUAAGGAUAUGAAGGUAAGAUUGCUAUGGUCCAUGCCCUCACAGAGCUUAUAGUAUCAUGUGGUCUAAUGAGAUAAAGUAUUAAUUUGAUAUCAUUCUAAUAAAGAAAACUGCCUUGCUUGCUUUGAUCAGUUAAAACCAGCAUCUUGAUGGUUUUGUAUCAGUAAAAUUUCUCGUUCUCACCUUUUGCAGCUGCAAACCACUGAAGUAAUUUACAGUCUCCUCCAUUUCUUCUGUUUCUGUGAGAUAUUUUCUUAAUUUUGGUGGGACUUAACUUUUCUCCUUUGUUUAUACAUGUUUCUUAGCUUGUAUCGCAAAGUGGUCAAGUUACUGAAGUCAAAUACAUUUUAUAGGGGAAGAUGACUUUCAAAACUAGUCAUAUUCUUGUAGAGGAGGGAGAGUUUUUAAAACUUUGGUCAUUCAGCAUUUGUAUUUUAUGGAUCCCCAGGAUAACUAAAAUGGAAAGAGGACUUUUACUGUAGUUAGGUUUUUAAAAAAAUUACUGUCACAGUUAUUUAUUUAUUAUUUAAUUUUAAAGACAAACUCCAAACUGAAGCGGCUCUGAGGUAAAUCAGAUGUGGUUUUAAUUUGUUUUAGUUUCUUUAUUGUAAGAUCGGUAAAUGGAGGGUGACCAGUGUCACUAUUUCUAAAAUAAUGUCCUAAACAAACAACCCAGAACAUUUUAUUUCAGCUGGUGAAUAGCUGUUCUAAAUCUGUUGUAUGUUAGACAUACU